AUGAGGCCCGCAUCCCUGCUGGCUGGCCUCAGUGCCACGGCCGUCUCUGCUUCGUGGCCAGAGCACCCAGGAGCCGCUCACAGCCCUGGUUUCGCUACCAGCUACGCGGCGCGCAUCCCCAUCAAGCCCAGUAACGAGAGCGCAAGGGCCAACGCGUUCCGGAUCUUCAAUGCAAUCCACUCUGCCGGCCGCCAAUGGGGCACCGCCAUAUACCACAAUGGCUUCAGCUUCAUGCCGGCCAUCAUGCCCAAGGGCACCAUCACGUAUCACGGCGCACCAUACAAGCAUCCUCCGGCUGGCUUCGAGUGGCUCGCCUAUGAGAUAGAGCAUGCUGAGAAUUUUGCUCGUUCCGAGAAGCAUCCGCAUCGCCCACCUCCUCCCCCUUCCAAGGGGGAGGAGGCUCGGUUCCAGAAACCGCUUCAGCCACUGGGCCCCAGCUAUACCAGUGCUCAAGAGGAUUCUACAAGCAGUAUAUCUGAGGGCCGGUCCAGGAGGGGGUAUCUCCAAACGUACCAGGCCAAUCGUGAUUUGCACUUGCUCCUUAUUGAUGGCAUGUCUGCUGCAAAGACUUCCAUGGGUACGCUAGAUUCUCAGGAUCUUCUUCUUCGCGAGAAUAAGACUUUCGGUUCCGGAAUAUGGGACGAAUGGCAACGGGCUGAGGAUAUUUGUAGCAUGAUUGCUGACUGGGGUUAUGACGGGUUUAUCCGUGAUGAGAUUGGCUUUGAAGUGGUGUAUUGCGACUUUUCCCAGGGAUUGGACCUUAUUUCCUCCACCCGCUCCUUUUUUCAAGAGGAUAAGAUGGGCGACUGGAGCUUGGUUCUCUGGCAAUGGGUAAGAGCCGCAGGGGAACGGUACGGCGGCAUCUCGAAUGAUCGUGUCCGCAUCGAUUUCUCGUCCAUGGUGUCAGGUUUCUUCUUCCCCAUCAACAUCUCCAGCACCAUCCCUGAAAGACCUGAUUUAGAAAGACUGGGUGCAGCGUCCGUCGAAGAACUGGUGGACAUAAAACACUACCUGGCCCAAGUGGCUAAACAACCUCGUCGCUUCACUGUAGAUUGGCAGGGUGCUGUGAUUGACCUGAUUGUGAAUCGAUAUGCUGAUCGCAUCGCCCAUAUGGCCACGGAAGAUAUUCCCACUGACCACUUCAUCCAAGAAUUGGAGGGGAUCGCUCUCGGCUACAUCAAUGCGCCGGAAGACAAUGGCUCUGAGACUGGAGGUGCAUACAACAAAGCUAACGAGACGAUGGUCGCCGUUCACCGCUGCACCCAGCAUUACUUGCACCGAAGCUAUGCAUCUCGCAGUGAAUGGAGUGCGUCAGACGAGCUGAUUCACACCGCAAUUAGCAGUAUCAUGGAGGGCAUAUGCUCGACUGUGUUCAUCAUGCGUUCUAUGCUUCUGCAAGCAUCAGGAAGGACAGAGCGUACCGCGUUCCACAUCGACAGAAAGUCUGACAAUGAUGAGAUGCGACGAGCGGUUAAGUUGAGCAAAGCCAUGACGCGCAAUAUGGUAGAGAAGCUCGGGUGGGCAGAUUGGAAGAGGGCCCGCCCAUGCCCAACCAACGAGGUCCUCUUCGUCGCCAUGUGGCCAUUCGGAAACAGCGACGACCACUGGAACCCAGGUUGCCGCACCAUUGAUGAUCUAGCAUCCGGAAGUCGGAUGGGAUAUUGGUUCAUGGAUAGACCUCCUCCACCUCCGUAG